CGGUGAUCAAUUAAGUAUUUUAAUGUAGCUAUUUUCUGUUUAGGUUCUCAAUUGACCUUGUCUACUCAUCAAAAUGGAAUCACUGUGUCACUACGCUGUUCAUUAACUUUCACUCAAUAUUAGAAUAUUAUCAUAUUACUGAUCGAAAUAUCUUAUUAGUCUGUUAUUUUGACAAAAAUAAUUUUCUUAAGAAUUAAUUAUAAGCUAAUCGUGUAAUCCUAAAAAUAAAGUUUCAGUGAAGUUUUUUAUUAAAUCUGAAACAUUUCUUCCGGUAGUUAAGCUGAGUUCAUUAUAGAGUAGUCGUACACGAGGAGUUUGUGUGAAGUGAUAAUAUUUUAGUGUACGAAUUAUUUAGUUUAAGUGAUAACAUUAGGUAUCAAUUAUGGCAAAUAACGGAGCCCCUGACUCUUGGGAAACACAGGCAGAUGCUGCCCCAGGCGAUGUCCCUGAAUCCUCUGAUGUGUCAGCCAAGUUUUCCACGUUGAACGUUAAUGCAGCCGAAUUUGUGCCUUCUUUCUCGUUUAUGCCCUCACAGACGGAGGCCAGCAGUACUCAAGAAGAAAGUGCUGAGCCAGUAGAAGUUGACGUAGACCCUCCUGUUAGCAACGGUGUGCCAACCCCUAUGGAGACAGAGGGUGACCCGCCAGGGGAAGGCAGUCCCCCACCCCCUGCGGACGGUCCGGCCGUAGACAGCUGGGAAGCGGCAGACGACAGUGACCCCAUCCCUGCGUCACUGCUCACGCCAGACGAGGACGAGGAAUUGGACGAACUAGAGGAAGAGAUUGUUAUCAAACCUAAGAAAAAACCUAAAUCUAGUGCUGAAGAGCAGCGAAGCAAGAAGGAGCAUGUGAACGUAGUUAUCAUCGGCCAUGUCGACGCCGGCAAGUCCACUAUCGGAGGACAGAUCAUGGCACUGACAGGAAUGGUGGACAAACGGACGUUGGAGAAGUACGAGAGAGAAGCCAAGGAGAGAAGCAGAGAGUCCUGGUACCUGUCUUGGGCACUGGAUACCAAUCAGGAGGAGAGAGAGAAGGGUAAGACAGUAGAGGUAGGACGAGCGUACUUUGAGACGGACAAGAAACACUUUACCAUCCUAGACGCGCCUGGACACAAGAGUUUUGUGCCUAACAUGAUCGGUGGCGCGGCGCAGGCAGACCUUGCUGUUCUGGUGAUCUCUGCGCGGAAAGGAGAGUUUGAGACGGGUUUCGACCGAGGUGGUCAGACCCGAGAACACGCUAUGUUGGCCAAAACAGCCGGAGUGAAGCACAUGGUGGUGCUGAUAAACAAGAUGGACGAUCCUACGGUGGAGUGGGCAGAGUCCAGGUACAACGAGUGUAAAGACAAGAUCUUGCCGUACCUUCGUAAACUGGGCUUCAACCCAGGCAAGGACCUGUCAUUCAUGCCUGUCUCUGGCCAGACGGGUCAGGGACUCAAGGACACAGUAGACCCGGCUCUGUGUAACUGGUGGAAAGGCGAGCCAUUCAUCACGUUCAUUGACAAUCUGCCGUCCCUGAACCGCAAGACGGACGGUGCGUUCCUCAUGCCUGUGUUAGAGAAAUACAAAGACAUGGGCACUGUGGUCAUGGGCAAAGUAGAGAGUGGUGAAAUGAAGAAGGGACAGUCGCUGAUCCUGAUGCCCAACAGGACACCUGUGGUGGUAGAUCAAUUAUGGUCGGAUGAUGAAGAAGUUACACAAGUAGGACCUGGUGAAAACAUUAAGGUGAAGCUGAAAGGUAUUGAGGAGGAGGACGUGUCGCCGGGCUUUGUCCUGUGUGACCCGACGGCGCCGGCGCGCACUGGCCGAAUCUUUGACGCUCAAGUGGUCAUCUUGGAACACAAGAGCAUCAUUUGCGCCGGUUACUCGGCUGUCAUGCACAUACACUGUGUGGCCGAGGAGGUCACAGUUAAAGCCUUAAUAUGUUUGAUCGACAAAAAGACUGGGGAGAAAUCAAAAACGCGGCCACGCUUCGUGAAGCAGGACCAGGUCGCCAUCAUGAGGAUAGAAUGUGCGGGAGUCAUCUGUCUAGAGCAGUUCAAACUAUUCCCUCAGAUGGGCAGGUUCACGCUUAGAGACGAAGGAAAAACUAUCGCAAUAGGAAAAGUUUUGAAGGUCGUGGAAUAGAAGAAUUAUGUUAUCGCAAAGAACGUCAACAUUUCUAUCUUUUCAUCCGAUCGCGGUGGCAAUCUUGUAUAAAUUAGCAAAACUGUCAAUUUUUCUCCUCGGUUUCUUUCCUUCUGAGUUGUUACGGUUGUUUUGUUGUCUUUUUUUUAUAUCUAGGAUUAAUGUUGUGUUAUAAUAUUUCACAGUUUAGUUAUUUGGGUGUAAUUCAAAUAUAUAUAUGAUAUAUUUUUUAAUAGUUUUCUCUUGUUCUUGUAUGCUUGAUUAGAAUUUUUUUAUGUUGUAGUGGACUUGCCAACUAGUUUUCGCAAAUUUUUUAAACCCGUUUUACUAUUUGUCAAUUAUCAUUCUUUUUGUACAUUGGAGUUUUAAAAUACUGUGCUCAUAUUGGGAUGAACCCUUUUGAUACGAGUAAAAAAUGCGGGAUCACACAUUUUGGGCUCUCGGCUUGGUUUGUGUUGCAUUUAACAUUUGCUUCAAAACCUAUUAUUUCCAAAAUAACACGAUAGGUAGUCAAAUAACUCACUUGAUACUUUUAUCUUAUUUUCAUUGUUGAUUUUUUAUUUGUUGAACUAAGGAGAUUUGUUAAUACUGUAACAGUUUGAUUCAAAUUUCUUUAAAUUCGUCUUAAGCUCUAGCAGAUAAAUUUUUUCACAUACGUCUACAAUUUGAAGAUUCAUAUUGGAUUUUUCAAACAAGCCACUGUUGUUAAGUUAGAUUGGUGUUGCUAUAAAUUAUCAUACCCUACUAACUUCACCAUAGUGUGUAAAUGAUAUCCUGAAGAAAAAUCUCUAGAGAAAAUGUAUUCUCGACUCACAUACAAGUGUUAAAAGUGAUCAGAUGAAAAGAUAGGUGAAAAAUUGGACGUCAGUUAUGUGAAACCUAAUAUAUAAGAGAUUUAUACUAUGAAUUUGUUACAAUGGGUGGAAAACUUCCAUUAAAACAGUUUUUUUGCAUUGUUCAUGUUUAAGUUUUGUACAUAAUCUGCUUAAUUCAGGAUUGGACGGUUAUUUUGAUGAGGUUGUGAGGAAUUCAUUUGUUCUAGCGCACAUUACGUUAAUUUUGCAGUUCGGAUUGAUAUCAUCGAACCGUAAAUAUUCAUGUGCCUAAGGUUUAAGGUCCUUAUAGUUUUGUAUUUUAAAAUUAUCAUUUUCAUGUGUUUUAACCAAACUUGUUCUUUAAUGUAGGUCAAAUACUAUUAUGGUGUAACAAAAUGAAAUAGAAAGUUUGUAAAAUUUCUUAAAUAACUAACUACUUUGUAUCUAUCAUUGGACAGAAAUAUUAAUUAAGUACUUGUUUUUGGUAUCGACCUCUAAAUAUUGUUUCAAGUCUGCAGUUAAAAAAAAUAAAGAUGUACAGUGUACAGCUCAAUGUUAUUUAUUUCUUCAAACUCUUAUUUUUUUAAAGGAAGACUUAAACCAUACACUACUUAAUAAUGCUCUUUGUCAUAUUGCAGCUAAAACAGUUGUUUUUAAUACAUGUGUUCCGGGUUGGUAUAAAGUAGCUCUUUUUCUCCCGAGGGAUUAAUCACUUACUAGACAGCUGCUUGUUUAGCAAUAGCAAAAUUGAAAACAGUUAGUAGUUGUUUUGAAAGGUUAUCUAUACAUAAUAAGUAUUUUUGUGUUGAAACUUAGUUUUUCUUAAAUAAUGGUGCAAUAUGUAAAAAAUAAAAUAUAGUUAAUCGCACGGAUCAAAAAGAGUUACUUUACGCCCUAGUGAUGAGAAGUUUACUAUAAUCCUCAGUCGUGUAAAACUUUAUAAAUAGACCAAAGUAAAAAAUUAUAAAUGGUUGAAACAAAGCAAUUAUGUUCAACUACCAUUUAAAUUUUAACUUUGAAUCCACUUUUGUAGAGUGAAUACAGAAUUUGAUUUUAUUUAUUAGAAAUCUCUGUGUUCCUUAUAAAAAUUAAUCUGGUGUUUGAAAGUAUGUUGUUUAUGUUAUCAAGUUUUACAAUCAACAUCAAGAUUUAAGAGGACCAUUUUUCACCUAGAAAUUACGUUAGGCAAUUUUCUGGGUUAUGGUUACACUGGUAUAAAUACAGUAUAAUAUGUCUUAUGUUCAAAUGAAAUCCAAAUAAUGCACUGGCCUACAUUAAAAACGUAAAACGUUCUAAUUUCUGUCUUCCAGACAGAUGUUUCAAAACCUGUACAGUUAAUAGCUUAAUUUUGGUACUAACUUUUAAAGCCUAAAAGUUUCUAGAUACUAGGUUCAAUUUUUUACUCAGCUAGACCGGUAUAUAUACUAACACUACGUUUUGUUAUCUAUUAAAUUAUUCUUACUUUUGUUUGUAUAUUUUGCUGUUAGUAAUUUAUGGAAUAGAAGGGAACACAGUUUUUGUUCCACGAGUGUUGUACAUAAGUUCAGAUGUUAGGUAAGGCCAUGUAUUGUAAUAUACUCAAGUGGUUCUGGACUUUCCUUUGGAUCACAGUCUGCGGAUUGUUAUCCGGUUCCACGUGCUUUUAUUGGAGGUCAACUGGUCAAUAUGGUUUAUAAAUUCUUUUGUGAAGUUUUUUUAUGUAAAAUAAAGACUAUUUUCAAUCAAAUUGUA